AGAAAAGACGUUUCGUUUGGGAUAUACCAUGCUGUGUAGAGAUUGAUUUUAAAAAGGUAUCAAAUGGAGGGUGGUAGAAGAAAGGUGUCCGGUGGACCAAGAUGGUGCUUUAACUUCCUCUGCCUGUUUAUUUUAUCUCUGGCGGCAGAAGGUCAAUUUCUCGAAAGUUUUUUCAGUGGUAGACGAUCGCACGACGAUGGAACUUCUAGCGAUUUUGUUGAUGGAACCAGCAAACAUUUUCUCAGCUUAUUAUUCUCUCCCUUCGAUAAUAAACAAAGCGCUGGAGGCAUUAGUGAAGGGGGUGGAAUGUUUUCUCUUUUCGGACAGCCUUCCCGAUCUGGAUCGGUAAAUUAUGAAAAUUACAGAUCGCCGCAAUCUUCGUCGGUAUACGAAGAAUCGCAUCGUGCUUAUUAUCCUUGUGUAGGAUGCAAAAAUCGUCAAACGGAUACCUCACCAAUUCGACCCCCUCCACUUCCUCCCCGUCGUCCAGAUGAUGACUACGAAACGGGAGCAUAUACCUGUAAAGGAUGUAAUAAAGGCCCAACAAAUCAACCGAUCAAAGAUAUUUCCGUUGAAGGUGCGUACGAAUGCAAGGGUUGUUCUCACGAUUAUUCUGCACAAGCUGAAUCUUAUCGAUCGCCGAAACGAUACCAAGAAAGUUACGAAUAUCCGAAAAUUCACCAUCAUCCUCAAUAUCACGUUAUUGAUACAAAAUUGAGGGUCCCUCCUAUAAAGUUCCGAUUACAUUUGUCUCCUAAAAUUACAAUAAAAACUAAUGCGCAAGAUCCGUUGGAAAGAAAACCCGUACAAGACGACGAAGAUUACAUUCCACCAGAAGUUCAUCAUCAUCAUCAUCAUCACGGUCAUCACGUUCACGGUUAUUAUCAUCCCAAAAGAGAUGGAAGUGGUGUCCAUAUCGAGCAACCGUACGGUGCCCAUUUCAUUAAACACAACCAACCGAUAAGAAAUAAAUACGAUCCUACUUUUAGGAUUAAAAUAGAUCCAGAAAUCUUCACCGAUCCUCCUCCUUCUCCUUCUCCUCCUACUCCACGUACCACAACUAGCAGUUCUCGUCUGGAAGCGCGACCGAGCCGUCAGAGCGCCGCUGCAACAACAAGAGCGACAACAACAACUACUACGACAACUACUCCCGCUCCAACAAUAUCUUCUAAUGCUAGAUCAGCUAUAGAUAGUUUGCGCGAAGCAUCCGAAUCGGGUUUGAGUCCGCUCGAAGCUCUUCUACGCAGAAGAAGCACAACUACAAAGAAACCAUCCACGACCACAUCCACGACCACGGUGUCUACAACAACAACGAGUCAGAGAGAAGUGGAAGAAACAACGGCUAAAACGACUACAACCAUAGAAAAUGUUUCCAGCAAUGAAGUCAGCGUGGAUACCGUUACAUCCACGACACCGGUAUCGGAAAAGAUCCAAGUAACUACACAAGAUCCACGCGUUGCUAUACUUAAACUAAGAGAAGCGGCCGAAUCGGGUCGUAACCCCUUCGAAGCUCUUCUGGCCGCUAGACGAACGACCUCAAACGACAGGAAACUCAACCCAAGAAAUUCAGAAAAAAAUUGAAGCUGUAAAAUCUCUUUUACAUAAUUUCAAUUUGUAAAUUACUCCUGGACUUUCAGAGGAGUUCGUUUAACUUUACGUAUAGCCACGUGCCCGAUACACCCGUGGCUAACACUAUUUAAUUAUGCAUAUACUCCAUUCUAAAUAAUAAUACUUACGAAUAGACAGGUUCCAUUAAAACUAAGCCAAAUUGAAAAAUUUUGUUCUAUCAAAUCUAUGGUUCGGGUCCUAAAUUUGAUCCGAACAAUUUAAUUCGAUUUU